AUAAAAGCAGAACAGCCAGAGAAUGUUUCAUUUCCUUCAGCUCCUUAGGGCUUCGCCAUGCCCAAUCUCUAGAUUCAUCAGAGUUCUACUGCGCUUCUCUCGGCGGGCUGCUGGACAGUUGGUCUACAUCGAGCUGGCUGAACGAUGCCGCGAAGUUCAAGUGUCCCAAUGGCGGACGACAACAUGGCGGAUGCCCAGGAAGUAUCCGUAGUGCAAGACUUCAAGGUGACCGACAGCCAGGGAAAGAGAUUGCCAGCCUCUGCAAUCUUCACAAAGAAAGUUAGCAACAACAAGUCAGUGGAGAUCAUUCUCGUGGGAAUGUUUGAGGCGUACAACAAGUAUGCCAAAGACAAGGGAUUGGAGCAGCUGUACUGGUCGGACUUUGGGGCAAAGCGUGGACAGAACCUUAAGCGCAGCCUGAUGAUGUCCAAAUUGGACGUCUUCUUUGACUGGUAUGCUGAAGACUCCGAGCUUCGCAAGUUUACCUGGGAUCGCCUGAUUGACCACUUGCGGACACAUCGCACUGUGGAGUGCAACUUGGGCACCCGAGCUCGCCUCAAUGCUAUUUUCUCACACAUGGCGAACGACCCAGACGCUCUCCCCCAGCUUGACGACAGUUCCAGCAGCGCCCCAGCCAACAUGGCCGUAAACGCUUCAAACAGUAUGGUGGACUUGAACGUCAGUGAAACCGGCAUUCCCAUGGCCGACCUUGAAGCGCUUGAGCCCAUUUCAAGGGUGGAAAUUUCCACCCAGACUUACCCGGAAAACCGGACUCUACUGGGCUCAUUCUCUGCCCACGCGCCGACGGUGAAUUACAAUAUGAGCGAAGUGGACGUUCCCGUUCCCCUUGCCACACUUGCCUUCCCCGAACCUACCCGAAUUGACCAGGACGAGUGGAACUGGGACUCCUUCUCUGCCCACGCGCCGACGGUAAAUUACAAUGUGAGCGAAAUGGACGUUCCCGGUCCCCUCGCCACACUUGCCUUCCCCGAACCUACCCGAAUUGACCAGGACGAGUGGAAUUGGGACUCCUUCUCUGCCCACCCGCCUGACCCGCUUGCGGAUGAUCCGCUGCUCGACUGCGACGAGCGUGCCUCAGUCGUCGAAGAUUCGCCGGUCGUCAAGGAAGGCUUAUUCGACUUCCAGAGCCUCUCAGGAUUCUAGUCGAUUUGAAGCUGAAGGCGGCGUCGCUGUGCGCGGAUCCGGCGCAACCACACCUCGUCAUCGUAUCGUAAGAGGUGGCAGACUCGUAACUGGUUAAAAGACUAAUGGCCAACCAAUAGAUUAGCGCCUGUCGUCCAGGCACAAUUUUACGUGUGCCAUUUUAUUCUGGACAGACUGUAAACACAAUCGAGAACAUGUCAAGUCAUGAGGAAAUUUGGAAGGUUAGAUUUUGCGGGCAAAAGCAAUGGCGUCCUCUAUGUCUAAUCUAGCAUUUAUAUCAUAUAUAAUUCAUGGAUCUAAUUCAUGGCAAUCUAAUUCAUGGCGAUUGGACG